GUCAUAAUUGUGACUUUUUGAACAUUUUUAUCAUGACUGAGUUUUUUUUUUUUAGGUAAACGUCAGUAUCAGUGGUGUCAUGUGACACAGUGACGUUACACCCAGAAGUGGAAGUCAUCAGAACAACAACAAAAACAAUAAAGAUGGAGACUCGCUUCACCAGAGGCAAGUCCGCUAUCCUGGAGCGGCCUCUCAGCAGACCCAAGACCGAGGUGAGUGUGAGCGCCUUCGGUUUGCUGUUCUCGGAGGUGGUGCAGUACUGCCAGAGCCGGGUGUACUCGGUGUCCGAGCUGCAGGCCCGGCUGGCAGAGCUGGGUCAGCGGGUGGGAGCCAGCCUGCUGGACGUGCUGGUGCUGAGGGAGAGGAGCGGCAAGAGAGAGACCAAAGUACUGAACAUACUGCUGUUCAUCAAGGUGUCUGUGUGGAGAGCCUUGUUCGGCAAGGAGGCAGAUAAGCUGGAGCAGGCCAACGACGACGACAAGACGUACUACAUCAUCGAGAAGGAGCCCCUCGUCAACGCGUACAUCUCUAUUCCGAAGGAGAACAGCACCUUGAACUGUGCGGCCUUCACUGGAGGCAUCGUAGACGCCAUCCUGACCCACAGCGGCUUCCCUGCCAAGGUCACGGUCCACUGGCACAAGGGCACCACGCUCAUGAUCAAGUUUGAUGAGGCGGUGAUCGCCAGAGACAAAGCCCUGGAAGGCAGAUAAGGCGAGGGACAAGAGGAAGUGAAGAUGAGAGAUUGAGUGUGUGUGAGUGGUAUGAAUGUUAAUUGACUGCUAGAUGUCUGUAACAUCGCUGCAGACUGUGUUGUUUAAAGGCACCAUCGGUGAAGACAGUGUAUUUAUUUUGUUUGAGAAUAGUGGAUUGUAAAUUCACUGAUAGCAGGAUCAUCAGUUAAUCUGUAAUAAUUUGCUUGAUUAACUGCUGGUGAAUAUCAUGGAUGCAAGUUGACACAUUUAAAUUGUUUGCUGUCUUCCAAUCAACAGUCAAAAACCCAAAUGUAUUCAGUUUACUGUCAUAGAAAACAUCCUCACAUUUGACAAGCUGGAACUUU